UAUUUCCCUUUGUGAAAAAAAAUGCAAUAGGUCUGAGGAUUCCACAGACCUAUAUAUAAAGCUUAGGACAGAGAAUGGGCAAUUAAGUUGAGCCCCAUCAUGUAAUGAGAGAGAUGAGGGGAGACCAGAGGACAACAAAAUGAUAAAAGCAAGGUGUUAGUCAGAGGCAGAUGAACAGAAAAGGAAAGAGAAUGGGUUUGAGUUCAUUGCCAUGAAUCCCAAUUUCCACAAGGAUUUGAAGAGUGGGCUGCUUUUUGUUGGUGUUGAGAAGAAAAAAGGAUGAGCAAAUGAAGAUGUGCUGCUCAUGUUAAAGCAGACAAGAUUUUGAAUGAAAAAGAGUAAGCUUGCAAAUUCAAAGGUUGUCUCCUAAUUCUCUGUGUGUGUGUGUGUGUGUGUGUGUGUGUGUGUGUGGAGAAUGGAGGGAACAGGGCUGUCUUCAACAAGUGAACAGAAAUUGGGAAGGUUCAAAAGGGUGUGUGUAUUCUGUGGCAGCAAAGCUGGAUACAAGUCUACAUAUGCUGAAGCCACAAUUGAGCUUGGUAAAAUACUGGUUGAGAAAAAAAUUGACUUGGUUUAUGGGGGAGGAAGUGUGGGCCUAAUGGGUUUGAUUUCUAAAACUGUGUUUUCUGGAGGCAGCCAUGUUCUUGGAGUGAUUCCCAAGGCACUUCUGCCUCAUGAGAUAUCAGGAGAAACUGUCGGCCAAGUGAAAACUGUGGCAGAUAUGCACCAAAGGAAGUCAGAAAUGGCCAAACAUGCUGAUGCAUUUGUAGCACUGCCAGGUGGCUAUGGAACUAUGGAAGAAUUACUAGAGAUGAUAACUUGGGCUCAGCUAGGAAUUCAUGACAAGCCAGUAGGAUUGCUAAAUGUGGAUGGAUACUAUGACAGCUUGCUUGCCUUAUUUGACAAAGGAGUGGAGGAAGGCUUCAUAGACAAUUCAGCCAGGAAAAUAGUGGUAAUAGCAAACAUGGCAGAUGAACUGAUAAAAAGAAUGGAGGUAGGAAGGGGGGAAAAAGAAGGAGUAUGUGGCUGUCCAUGACAAGGUUGCACCCAGACAAAGAUGGGAAGUGGACCAAUUAUCAGAGUCUACUCAAAGUGGGCAAUCCAUGAGAUCUUAGAUCUCAAUCACCAUCCCUCCAUUUGUCUAAAAAUCUGCUCUUGUGUGUUCAAAUUUGAUCAAUGAGAUUGCCAAAAGAUAGACCAAAUCUCUCUCUUUCUGUCUAUCUUUCUCUCAAGAUCCUAAAUCCUGAUCAAUUAUUUGUAUAUCCUUAAAGACGACCUGUAUUAAAUUCCACUAAAAUCAAUGGAAUAGUAAGAUCUUUCCCUCUCAUGAGGCCAUUGACUAAAUUAAAAAAAGGGGCAAGGGGAAACAAGCCCUACAAGCUGAGUGGUAUAAAAUAGGUGGGCAAAAGGCAAAGAAAGAGAAGAUGACACUUUUGUAGGGUAGGGUUGCAAAAAGAAGAGACCCUCCAACUUGCCCCAUUGUACCAAUGGUGCAGCAAAAUUCAUUAUUACAUUGUGAUGUGUGGAUUGCAGUAUUUUGUAUUUUGGGUCUUUAUUCACUGAGGUUCUGUGAACUGGGACCCCCCCAGCAGAGUGACCUGUUUGUUUCCUAGUGGCUUCUCUUCUCCAUAAUUCCUACGAAUUAAUAUAUUUAUUGGACAACCUCUUCCUACUCCAUGCAGUUAAGAACAAAUAGGGUGUGUUGGGUGGUUCUGCGAUGUGAUUAUAAUAUAAUGUAAUAAAAAAUCUACGUUUGGAUUGAGCGUUUUGAGUUUGAUUUGUAAUACAAAACUCUUUUUGU